GCGGCGGUGGUACCUGUCCAACCCGAUCAGGUGUAACACAACGUUCGGGAACGUCCGUCGCAGAAGGCCGUGUGGUUGUUGCGUUGCUCAAACGAGGACGUCGAUAGAAAAUCGAGAGCCGGGUGCACAAAAGUCAUUCGCGGUCGUACGGGUACUAUUCGGACGCGACGUUGCCGAUACCGCGACCAGUGUCAGUGCGAAGGAAAUAACUGAUAGAAAAGUAAGUGUCAAGUGGUUGUUAAGACAACGCUGAUUCUUCUCGAAAGUUGACACUUUACCUUAACGCAGGAUCUAUACCAGGAAAACAGUGAAGAAAAUGCAGUUUUUAUAGUGUUGAAAACCAAUUACAAGAAAGUGAUAGUGUGACCGUUGUUCUUGGGUGUUCCCAUAAAUUUUCUACAGUUAUUCUUUCGUGAAAAAUAAUAAUAAUAUAGUUUUUUUACAUCGAAACAGGCUACGGCGUAAAAAUGAAAGGUCGGGAGAAAUUGUGUGCCAAGCUGUCGAGCGCUUUUUUGAGAAAGUGGUGGUUUGUUGUAGCCGUUUCAGUAGGAAUAAUUCUCUUUGGAAUUAUAGUGGUGAUAUUCUUUAUGAGCUGGGUGAAGCUAGUUAUAAACCAUGAAGUAACUUUAAGGGAAGGUUCACAAGUGACAGAAUGGUGGGCCAAACCUCCAGUAGUGCCAAUGAUAAAAGUCUACAUCUACAACGUUACUAACGCGGACGAGUUUCUUAACAAUGGUACCAAGCCCAUCGUGGACGAGCUGGGGCCUUACGUAUACGUUCAAAAAUGGGAGAAGAAAAACUUGACGUUCAACAGUAACGGCACAGUCACGUUCCUACCCGAAAAAAUCUACCACUUUGACGAAUCACUAUCCGCUGGAUCUGAGGAUGAUGUCGUCGUGGUACCUAACAUUCCUAUGUUGAGUGCCACGUCACAAUCAAAACACGCUGCCAGAUUCUUAAGACUUGCGAUGGCAAGUAUCAUGGACAUACUGAAGAUCAAACCCUUUGUUGAAGUCUCUGUGGGCCAGUUGCUGUGGGGUUACGAAGACCCGCUUCUAAAGCUGGCCAAAGACGUUGUUCCGAAAGAACAGAAAUUGCCCUACGAAGAAUUUGGACUUAUGUACAACAAAAAUGCCACCACGAGGGAUACUAUCACGUUAUUCACCGGUGCCGAUGACAUCACUAUGCACGGCCUCAUCGACACUUUCAACGGAAUGCACAAAUUACCCCACUAUACCGAGGAACGUUGCAACGACAUUACCGCUUCCGAUGGUUCAAUAUUCCCGCCACAUUUGACGAAAAACAGCACGAUUCACAUUUUCGACAAGGACUUGUGUCGAAAACUUCCUUUGGUGUUUGAAAAAGAAGUGAUCGGUUCUAACGACGUACCAGCUUAUAGGUACACCCCUCCGAAGAACGUAUUUGCUAGUGUAGAGGAAAACCCAGAUAACAUGUGUUUUUGUCCUCAAGGACCUCCAUGUGCACCAUCGGGAUUCUUCAACGUAUCUCUGUGUCAAUAUGAUUCUCCAAUACUUCUUUCAUUCCCCCACUUUUACCUGGCAAAUGACAGCUAUAGAACGGCAGUAGAAGGUAUCUCACCACCCGAUGAGGAGAAACACAAGUUCUUCAUCGAUGUACAACCCUUGAUGGGUACUUCGAUGCGGGCCAAAGCAAGGAUCCAGAUAAAUUUGGCAGUUUCUCAAGUGGUCGAUAUCAAACAAGUCGCUACCUUCCCUGACAUCAUUUUCCCUAUCAUGUGGUUUGAAGAGGGAUUGGAUGGAUUGCCGGAAGAAAUGACAGGCCUAAUGAAACUGGGCAUUUCCGUUCCACCAGUGGCGCACGCGGCACUCUCCGGCAUCCUGCUGGCAGUGGGCGCCAUCUUGCUCAUCGUGGCCAUCUGGCGGCUGGUCAGAGGUGCCAACCGGCUCAGUUCGCUUCAACUAGCCCCGGGUCACGUGGGCCAGUCGACCAAUAAGAACAAGGACAACGGCCUGGGCGGUAUGCCCAAGUACUAACGACGCUGGAAGGCAGUAGUUUACUAUAUUUAUUUGAUUUUUGUUUUCAUUUUUGACUGGUACUAUUUUUUUCAAAAGCAAAAAUUGUACGUACCUAUUAGAAAAAUCCGUCCUUUUUGCUCAAAUUUUUUUAUAAUAUGGUUAUCUUUGUGUGAAGACGAAAAAAAAAAUAAGAACAAGAAUCGUUCUGUGAUAGUUAACGAUGUAUAUGUACGAAUAAUUGAUGUACAGGGUGAUUCACGACAUUAGUAGGUUUGAUGUUUAUCAUAGUUUUUUUUUGGAAAAUUUAGAUCUAUCUACCUAAAUUAUUUUAAGCUUUACAGUGUUGCCGUUUUAUUUAAAAAGGUAGUAGCGUCUUUCUUAUUUUAAACGGUACACCCAGUAUAUUGUUAUAUUUUUGGAAACUUCUUUCAUAUUCCCCAAAAUAUCUCUAUUAUACUAACCUAUACCUAUCUCUAAUAGUUUUUGAGAUAAACAAUAAAAUAUGUAUAAAAUUGACAGAAACACGAUCUUGAUUAUCAUAAAUUUGGCGUAUUGAAAGCUGCAAUUUGGUUUGUAGAUUAAGGAAAA